AUGGGUGGUGGGGCAUUCGGGAUGGCGAAUGGAAACGAAAGCAAUGAAGGGCCUGCUGGGCCCAUGGCAGCAGUGGUGACUACUGCAGGUGGUAUGGUAGCAGAGAGUCCGUCCUCCGCCGUCUCUACCUAUAUCAAGCUGGUGCUACUGGGGUCGAUCAUCUGCAUCAGCCUGGUGGGCAACCUGGUGGUGUCUCUGCUUGUACUGCGGGACCGGGCCCUGCACAAGGCACCUUACUACUUCCUGUUGGACCUGUGCCUGGCAGACACUAUUCGCUCAGCCAUCUGCUUCCCCUUUGUGCUGGUGUCCAUAAAGAACGGCUCAGCCUGGACUUACAGCGUGCUGAGCUGCAAGGUGGUGGCCUUCAUGGCAGUGCUCUUCUGCUUCCAUGCGGCCUUCAUGCUGUUCUGUAUCAGUGUGACACGCUACAUGGCCAUUGCACACCACCGCUUUUACUCAAAGCGCAUGACAUUCUGGACAUGUGUGGCAGUGGUGUGCAUGGUGUGGACUCUGUCUGUGGCAAUGGCUUUUCCACCAGUUUUCGUUGUGGGCACUUACAAAUUCAUUCGCGAGGAAGACCAGUGCAUCUUUGAGCAUCGCUACUUCAAGGCUAAUGAUACACUAGGCUUCAUGCUGAUGUUGGCUGUGCUCAUUCUAGCCACACAUGUUGUCUACAUGAAGUUACUCCUCUUUGAAUACAAGCAUCGCAAGAUGAAGCCGGUCCAGAUGGUGCCAGCCAUCAGUCAGAACUGGACCUUCCACGGGCCGGGGGCUACUGGCCAAGCGGCAGCCAACUGGAUUGCAGGCUUUGGCAGGGGCCCGAUGCCACCGACUCUGCUGGGAAUCCGGCAGAACUUGCACAACCAGAACCGGCGCCUGUUGGGCAUGGAGGAGUUCAAAGCAGAGAAGCAGCUUGGCAGGAUGUUCUACGUGAUCACCUUGCUGUUCCUGGUGCUCUGGUCUCCCUACAUAGUGGCUUGCUAUUGGAGGGUGUUUGUUAAGGCUUGCACAAUACCACACCGGUACCUCUCCACCACUGUGUGGAUGAGUUUUGCCCAAGCUGGGGUCAACCCUAUUGUCUGUUUCUUCCUUAACAAAGACUUGAAGAAAGGGCUCCUUUCCCACCUACCAGCCUGCUGCAGGACUAAACCUCAUCUGCCACGAGAGCCUUAUUGUGUCAUGUAAGCAGAGAUGAUCGAAAUAUGGAGAGCAAACAAGGGACAGUCAACAGAUGUGUUCUGGGAGUGUUUUCUUGAGCUAUUGAGUUUGAUUCAACUCAAGCUACUUUUAAGCAGUUGGUGUAAACUAGUGAGUGUAAUGGUAUAAAAACACAAGAAUAGAAAGCAUGUAUUUCCAUGUACCAACCCUUUUCACUCAAAACAACAGCAUACAUGGAGUCAGACCUUGACUUUUGAUAACAAUAGAAAAAUACUUUAAUAGCAAAACAUGCAAGUAAUAAUGCAGCCAUUGUGGAAACCAAGCCAGACAAAUAGCCACCAACAAAUUGCAUAAACUGUUUCAUAAAGAAUCUCAAAAUGACCAUUAGAAAAAUCUGGAAAGACACAAAGGUUAGUAAGUUAGUUUGCUAGCAAAACGAUUUCUAAGGAGGACAAAGAAUCAUUUUUCUUACCAAACCUAAAUUUCAUUAACAUGCUGGAUUAGUUAGCAAAGCCAGAUAAUGUUAUUUGUUAGUGACAGUGAUGAGACAAGAUGAGAGGAAAUGAGGGAGGCAGAGAGAUGUGAACGGGUGCACUGAAUCAAAUCUGUUAAAUCUUUAGAAAAAUAGGGGAAAUGCUACAUUCUUGAAUUCAGAAGAGGAAACAAAGAGUCUAGUUUGUGAACAUCACAUCAUGUGGGGUCCUUCGACGAGGAUAGUGGGUAUGGUUGUAA